AUGUCUGCAUUGUGGACUUCACUACGGUCAGGAGGAGUGGUGAAAGCCUUCAGAGUGAUCCAGACUCCAUUGAGGUCUUGUAUCCAGCCUCCAGUGGCGAAUCGUAUUCUCAGCCUACAAUACAACCGUUUAGUUACGCAGACGACCAGUCAAGGCUUGAACCUCCUGCAGUCCAAGAGGCUGUCCAGUACAUUUUCUCGUCCAGCUGGAGAUCUUGGGUUCUUCACUUCUCAUGCGUUCUCAUCGUUGGCACUGGGCUUAAAAAGUUCAUCAACAGCACAUCAUGCAACUGCCGCUGAGACUACUUUGCAACUCCCACCCAUUUCCCCUCCAUCGGUCUCAAAUUGGCUAUUUGUAUCUGCAGCACUCGUAUUUGGUGUCAUAGUUGUCGGUGGAAUAACGCGUCUUACGGAGUCUGGACUCAGUAUCGUUGAAUGGAGGCCUAUUACCGGGACGUUGCCUCCCCUUUCCGAAACAGAAUGGGUGGAAGAGUUUGAGAAGUACAAGUUAUCACCAGAAUACAGACUAACUAAUCACAAUAUUACCUUGGACCAAUUCAAGAAUAUCUUUUUUUGGGAAUAUGCGCAUCGAUUGCUCGGCCGUGUUAUUGGGGUAGCAUUUGUCGCACCCCUCGCCUAUUUUUAUGCUCGACGUCGCUUGACGCCAGGUCUCCCAAUAGUUCUCACAUCUUUGGGACUUCUCAUCGGUUUCCAAGGUGCAUUGGGCUGGUACAUGGUCAAGUCGGGGUUGUCAGAGAAGAUCAUCGAAACAAAUAGCGUGCCUCGCGUCAGCCAGUAUCGGCUCGCCGCUCAUUUGUCGAUGGCGUUGCUUUUGUUUGCAGGCAUGCUUGGGGUAGGAUUGCAAAUGAGAACGGACCACAAAUGGGCCGAGAGCGGAGUUUGGAAUAGUCUUGUGGAGAAGAAUGGUGUUAAGCCCUGGGAUGCUGUAUUCAGCAAUCCAGCAGUGAGAAGAUUUAGAUUAGCAGCUGGCCUACUAACAGGGCUUGUCUUUCUUACAGCCUUCUCAGGUGCAUUUGUCGCAGGGUUGGACGCAGGGCUGAUCUAUAAUGAAUUCCCGUACAUGGGCGAAAGUUUCAUGCCUCCCAUCGACGAAAUGUACAAGAAAUCGUAUGCAAAGGAAGCGAACGGGAGCGAUUUAUGGUGGAGAAAUAUUUUUGAAAAUCCUACCACCACCCAGUUCGAUCAUCGCUUGUUGGCGACGACCACAUAUGCUGCCAUAUCAACGCUCUUCUUCACCACGAUAUUAUCUCCCCUUAAAAAGGGGGGUUUCCUUCCGGCGCUGCCUCUGCGGCUGACGUAUCUUACGUAUGGACUUGUAAACCUCCAAGUACUUCUGGGAAUCUCCACGCUUUUGUAUCUGGUCCCCGUGGAGUUAGCAGCAAGUCAUCAGGCAGGGAGUGUGGCGCUGCUGGGCAGUCUAGUUGCACUAAUUGCCUCAUUGAGAAAACCUGGUCGGAUGGCGCAAUUGUGGAGAGACUCGAGAAGGGGCACUGCAACCAGAUAG